CAGUCACUUCUACUUUCAAUUCUCUGUUUUUACCCGCUUCUUACUCGUUGUUCUGCUUGUAUCAUUUAUUUCUGUCAAAUUUUAAUUAAUUUCAAUAAUCAAAUUUUAUUUUAUCUAAUUUAUCUAUCCAUUCAUUUCCAUAUCUUACCUUGUGUGCGUUGUGAAAGUUUUUAAUUUCGUUGACAAUGUUCCUUGACUGACAGAAGUUCGUAUUAUGGAUAGCAAAGCAAAUAGCAACAGUAAAAAGAAACCAUUUGAGUGUAAGACAUGCGGCAAAUUCUUUCCGAAUUCACAGGGUUUAAAAGCUCAUUCUUACACUCACACAAAUGACAAACCCCAUGUGUGUGAUAUAUGCACAAGAAGUUUUGUUAGUCCGCUCUAUUUAAGUAGACACCAAAAAAUUCAUUCGAAUCAGAAACCUCAUGAAUGUAAGGUUUGCUUGAAAAGGUUUCUCCGGAAGGAUUAUUUAAAAAGCCAUUACUUAAGUCACUCUCAAGUAAAACCUCAUAAAUGUGACACUUGUGGUAAAGCUUUUGCUGAAAAAGGUACUUUAAAUAAACAUUAUCGAACUCAUACCAAAAUAAAACCUUACGUCUGUGACAUCUGUCAAAAAGCAUUCAGUAGGAAUGCCAGUUUGAGACUGCAUUAUCGCGUUCACACAAAAGAAAAACCUUAUGAGUGUGAAGAAUGUGGAAAGUGUUUUAACAGAUUGUGGGGCCUUAAAAUUCAUUCUUAUUCACAUUCCCAAAAAAAUCAAUUUGUUUGUAUUUUAUGUAAUAAGCAAUUUUCUCAAAAGUGCAACUUCGAUGCACACUUAAAAACACAUAAAAAAAGUGCUGAUUUGGAAGAUGGCGAGGACGAAAGACUGAAUAUUGUUUAAGAAAAUUUUACUUUGCUUGAGAUUUAGCAAAUUUUAGUCUAAUUAAUUUUUAAGCAAUAUUUUUUCUUUUUUAAUCUGCUUUUUUGAAGAGAUUUCUUUACGUUUUCUUUUUUUUUUCUAAUGAAAUAAUUUAUUUAUUUGUUUGGUAUUGGAGAAUUAUGAAGAUAAUUUUAUAAUUAAUUUUUUUUUAUCCUGUAAAAUAACUUGUGAUCAUCUGAAAAUUUUGAUUACUUUUACAAGCUAUCAAAAAUGGUUAUACUAUUUACAAUUUAAUUCAUCUAACUGAGAAUUAUUAUAUUAUACUUCAAAAAAAUUUGAUUUAGUUAAUUUGUAAGGUAUGAAAUAUGUUGGUUUUGUUUAACAUUUCUAUUAACUCUAUUAGUUCAAAGAAUAUUUAUAAAUAUUAUUACUGACUUAUUUUUAAUUUUUGCUAGAAAAAUAAGACCUUGUUUUUUAAAGGAUGAAUAAAUAUAUUAAGAUUUCUAUGGGUGAAAAAUACUGUAUGGCUCCGUAGUUUUUUAUUUAUAUUAUGUUACCUAUUUAAAAUAUUUUCUAUACUUUGGGAUUAAUCCUGAUUAUUCAUAAUUAAAUUUUAGGCAAGGUUUAGGACAAAAUAGUUUAAAAUGUCUUGUCCAUAACUAUCUUAAACCAUAACAAACCCUUUUGAAACUUUUAUAUUUAAAUGAAUUAUCUGAAAAUUGUUAUCUUUAUAAUACUUAAGUGCAGGAUGUAUAAAAUGCGAACUUGCACUUUAUAAUUAAUAAAAUUCUAAUCUUUGAGACACUCUUUACUGUCAAAUAAUAUUUUAUUUGAAUCAAUAAUUAUAUAUUUAUUUUAUCUGUAAAAUGCUAAGAUUAAGAAAUGUAGCAAACUAAUGCUUUAUUGUUAUUUAAAUUCAAAUUAAUGUUUAUAUGUUAACAAUUGAGAGAUUAGAUAAAAUUGAUCAUUUGAAUUACAAAAAUUUGUUUAAUAAAAAAUAUGUUUUAGUGGUA